GGGGGGUGCGGAGGUGCUGCGGGCGGGCGCAUCCCGCGGGGUGACGGCAGACCGCCGGCUGUCCUGUGGUACUGCGUUAGGAGAAGGGAGAGAAACCGGGAGCUCGCUGGUGGUGCUCACCUGGCCAAUGCGCUUAAUGAAUGAAAAGAGGUUUUUUUUUUUUUUUUUUUUCCUGUGUUUUUUUUUUUCUUCUUCUUUUUUUUUGUUUGAUUUCUCAACCGCAGCGAGUCAGGGAGCCCUUAUGAGCCUGCAACAAGUGAGAUGCCGUGUUGAAAUGUACUAUGUCUUGAUGGUAUGCCUCAGGUUUGCAGGGGCAUUUUGUAAUCUUCCUGGUGUCAUUUCUCUCCAGGGUAUUCUACGACUGGAGAGUGCAAGUUCCUGUGGUGUUGUAACUUCACGGCACUGUGUACACAUGAGCAUACAAUGCUGACUUAACAGUGAUGUAUUUAUUAAUAAUCAGUGACGUAAGGCUAGUAUUUACUCGGAAUAGCUCAGGAAAUUAUCGGUUUCUCCCCAUGCUGUGGGCUGUAGGUGCCUUAAAUCGGAAGGAUGGAUUACAGUUAUCCUGGAAAUAACUGAGGCUGUGGGCUAGCCUUCUAUUUGUGACCUGCUGCCCCAUCUCUGAGCAGGCUUUGGCUGUGGAACAUGAUUGUAGCGUUCCACUUAAACAUGAGUAUCCAAAACAAAGAUGUAUAAGCGUGUAUAUUUCUAGUAGCAAUUAAUCAGUAAUUUAGCUUUUAAUACGUGACUAUAAUUUGUUACUAGUUAACUAAAAAAUUUCGAGUGUACAUCAACUGUGUAUGUCAUGGCACUCAGUGCUGUCCUUGGGAAAGAAGUUUCAUACAUUUUGCUUGCGUUAAUAGCAGGGUUUAUUGCAUGAAGUAGCGUUUGACAUCAUUAUUCUCUGUGGCUAUUACAAAAAAUAGCUGCAAAAAUGCUUGGAGAUUUAAUUAAAAGAUUGUAAGAAAUCUCGCAGUGAGUUAAGGCACGUGAUGCAAUAUAAGCAUGAACUUGUCAGGGGGGAGAGAACUGGAGAAACAAUUGGCAUGAACUCUGACUGAUAACCAAUGAUAUAUAUUUGUAUAAUUUAAAGGUAUUUUUACAUAGCUUUUGAGUUCAAUUAUUCUUAGACAUCAGUUUUGUAGGAUGUACCAUUAACUGCUAGUAGUUCAGCGACCGUUUAUCUGUAAAAAGCAUUUUUCAGCAGUGCCUCUGUGUCAGAUUCCUGGAUAUCACGAUUUAUUAAACAAUGCUGCUCAGUGAAACUUCCAUUACUAUGUGAUCAUUACACAAAUAAUGAUCUUUCUCAUCUGAUGUAAAUGUGUACUUCAUGUAAGGAAAUAUCACAAAAAGUAGGUGGCAAGACGUUAGAAUUCAGUUGAAUAUUGGGGCAAUGCCUUACAGCUUUCCAUAUGAUAUUGAUAAAAACCCACUAUCAAUGCUGUUUCUGACUCUGUGAAUUUUUGGAGAUGUGUGUCCAUUUAGAAUUCAACAAAAUGUAGCUCAGCCUUCAAUUACUAUCAGUAUAUUGUUUUCUACUUCUAACGGUGACUAAUAACAAUCAAUUUUGCAGGAAGUUAUAUUGUAGGAAUAGGGGAAAGUUUAAAAGUAGAAAGAAAAAUCUGUAUUAUACUUCUAAUUAUGUAUUCCUGUCUGGUAUACUGUGGGAUUUUGUUUUCCAUCUUCCAUUUUUGAGGCCUUCUUUUCUUUUUCACGUAUUCAAUGCACGUAAAUGCUAGUAUUUACUAGCCAGGUUUUGUAGCCUAAUUGUGCAUCACUAGAUACUUGCAUUUGAUAUUCAGAACUUGGGCUUCUUUUACUAGUUUUUAUCGCAAGAGUUUUUCCAGUACUGUCCGCUGACAUACAGUAAAACAGUUUCCAGGGCAGUUACUCAAAAGAAAUUAAAAUACAAUUAUAAAUUCUCCACGCUGUGUUCUCUUGGAAUCAGAGGUACAAUACUCUCCACUGGUAGUUGCUACUAGUUUCAUCUUAUUAGUCACUGCUAGACUUGUUUAAUAACAGACUCUGUCCCAACUUAGCAUGAUAUUAGAUGGUUCCUAAUUACUCUCGACUGUAUUUCCAUAACCAUUAUUAUUUUUUUUAUUUUCGGGAUCUGUUUUUCAGUCCCUUUAUAAGAAAUGUUCUCUGUGUGUCAACUAACUUUUUGUGAACUGUAAAAGGAAAAAGUUAGCACUCUCUUUCCUUGUAUUACUUCUGUUAUCCUCAACUCCUAUGUACCCAUGCCACAAGCACAAUGUGGGGCUUCCCAGUAGCAGGUCAGUUCCUAGGGAUUUAGCUGCUAUAGAGCACUUUGAAAAAAUCCCCAUACCCACCUCUCUUUUUGGUGGGCUGUUUUCUUGUUUGACUACAAAGGCGUUCCUAAAGCUGAACAUAAAUGAAAGAGCCAUAAGAUUUGUCUUCAGAUAUUUAGAUUCCCAUGAACAUGAAAUGAAAAUUGAAUCCUGCAUUAAAUAAUAAAACUCUAAGAUUUCUUUUACUUUGCUUGUUUUCUCCCCACCUCCCCAGCUGCUGUUUUGUAGUGGUUGUUUUUCUCAUAUAUAACAAGCAAAUAUAAACCUAAUUUUUGCAGGGUUUUUUUGUUUGUUUGUUUUCCCUGCUAGCUUAGGGAAAAUGAGGGAAGCAAGGCCUAUCUGCAGACUUUGUGCCUCAGAACUUUCACGGAUCUUGAGACAAUUUGAUCACACUCCAAUAUUCCUCCCUCUCCAACCUCACCUUCCAGCAUUUAUUUGGUCUCUUUGUCCCCUCCUAAACCACUCAUGAAUUGAGUGAUUGAACUCAACUGAACUAAAGAAUUGCAUCAUUCUCUGAUUCUAUUCGUGAUACGUGAACAAUAUAGCUAUGUUUAAUUACCUAUACUGAAGUAAUGCCUAACAGCCCGGUCAAGAUUUGAGCCGUCUUCCUUCUCACUGACAUGAGAAGGUUUCCUCUGUCUCUAAUACCAAAUGAUCUGUAUCAUGAGAACGCAAAUAAUUACAGAUUUGCAAUGGAGACAGGAUGUAGUCGUGAGAUUGAUGCAAAACUUCUAAUUCACACUUCCAAUGAUUUGAUUUAUGCUUGCAACAGUAAUAGACUCUUACAAUAGUAGUAGUUUCUGACCUGCAUGACUGCAAAUGGGGUAGGAAAAAAAAAAGGUAAGGUUUAUUUUUUUAUAAUAUAUUUCCAAACUUACAGUGGGAAGAAAAAAAAAAGAGUUCUAAGCAGCACCUUAUUGUCCGUUGCUGUUUUACUGACUUCCACUGUAAAUAGGAAAAAAUACAUCCUGCUUAGGAAGGAGGAGGAUUUGUAACUACCUCAAAAACCAGGUUGUAUGGAAUCAGCUACCAGGUGAUGCUUUGUGGACUUGCUUCGGUCACCCCCUUCCCUCAUGACUAAGCAGAUCACCAUCAUGCCAUGCAGUCUGCACAUUCAGGACAAAGUCUAUGAAUUCAAGUCUAUGAAUCCCAAAGUCUACUCUGCUGGUUGAUAAUUAGCAAUUUAAAAAACACAAGGCUUACGUCGCUUUGUGUGUGUAUGUUCAAGCACAAGUGUGUGUGAUGAACACUGAUGAAUGUGAAUGUAUGGUUAUGUCUGUAUUUCUCAGGCGUGUCUGUAGGUAAUGCAUUAAUCCUAUGUUAUGGAAAGACUUCCUGCUUAUCUCAGAAAUGUAGAAAGGCUAUAUAUAACUUCAGAUAACAUGCUGUGAUAAAUAUUGGAUAAUAUCCAAACAGAGAAAUACAGACAACAUUCCACUGUACCAAAAAAGUUGAUGCUGCUUUGUUGUAAGAUGCGUAGUCUAGGAAAAAAAAAAUGUCCCAGCUUCACUUAAGUCAGUGGAGAUCCUGGCAUUUUGGUAGAGUCAGGUUUGCAGUCUGCAUGCAGUGUUAGAAAUUUUGUUCUUUGAACCACUUGCUUCCACUAUUAAAAUCAGGUGGUGGUUUUAGUAUACAGAAAAUACAGAGCCUAACUCUAAAUGAAUUGCUGUUUGUCCAGUGAGGCUGAAUGUCUGAAAUGAAAUAGCCAUGAAUAUGAAUGAUAAUAAAAGCUGUAGGUAUUGUUCUUUAACUGUUUCAGAAAUGAAGUGAAACGGGAGUGAAAGGAAUAUUUCUAUUCCUUUAGUUCUGGAAUUUGUGUGAUCAACUUCUUUAUGUACUUUAAGUGAGAUGGUUGUGUUUUGCUACAGACCUAACAGUUGGGAUUAGUUUAUCGCAGGCCUUCAAAACCAGCAAGUGUUCCAGUUUUGGGUCUUAUAACAGCUGUUGUAAGAGGAAAAAAUAUACUUCGUGCUGUUUUACGGAUCAUUGGUGAUAGUAAUUUCAUGGCCUCCAUGGAGGAAUCGCGUCUUUCCUCUUUAUCACAAAUCUGAUUCUAACAUGUUUCAGAUUACCUUCUACCAGAACCCUGUUUGUUGUUUGUUUUUUCAUAGGGAACUUCCAGCUAUGGUGCAUCUGAUUUACCUGUAUGUAUUUAUACUGUUCUAGAGAUGUUAUUUUGUAUCACAGACACUUUUAACUGUCAUGGAAUACAUGUGUGAGGUAAAGGAGAGUGAUGGAAGUUUUUGUAGUGCAUCUUGUGUUUUUCCACUGAGGAGAGGCACAUUACUUUUCAGAGAACUUCAUAUUUGCACGAAGUAGCCCUGCCCAAUUAUGAUCUGGUCUUAAACUUUUUACACAAUAUGUGAUUACAGUUCAUUGCAUAAAAGAAGAUUUUAUGUUAUAAUGUUGCAUUAUAAGUCCAUAGUACUUGUGUGUUUGUUUUAGAUUUAUUGAGCAGAGAUGUUGAGUAAUUUCUGUAACUAUUCACAGUUGUGCAGCAACAAUUUUGAAGUUUGGGAAGGUUUGGACUUACGUUGCUAUGCACAUAGAAAUGGAGUGAUAUACAUUCUCACAAUUUAUUCUAGGGGAAUAUUUUAAUAUUGCUCUGAUAUAAUGUCUCACCCACAUUGGUUUGAAGAAUAUGUUAGACUACCAAAAGUGUCAGUCUGUUGCACUAAAAAAAGGAACUAUGAAAAGAAAAAUGUUAAUUACAGGCUUUAACACUCACACCAAGAUCUUCUAGUAGGGGUGGUCAGAAAAACAGGUUUUACUACCUAGGCUGGUGCUUUGUGGUGCUAUCUAAUGUGGGGGCUUGUGGAAAAAUGCAGCCACUUCUAUUUACUGCCUCUCAUAACGUACAUAUUUCCUCAUGAUAGGUUCUGACUUUUUUUUUUUAUGUCUACAGUAAAUAAAACUGAAGAAUUUAUCAUUUCAUCUUGAAUAUAUUUUACCUUGAGUUAGCAUUCACUGUUCCCUACAGUGGCACUUCAGCUACAAUAUAUUAUGCGGAAUCUCGUUUUUUAAGCCUGUUAUAGUGCAGAAUAUUGCUGAAUCGAUUACUAAUCCUAUCUAGGAAUUAAAAUAUAUUCAGCAAUCUUUUUUUUUUUUUAGCUACAGCCAGAGUUAUCUGUAGAUCAGUGAGUACAAAAGCAUGUGAGGGCAGAAGGUUGUCUUAUAUGCCCAGAAUGUUAUCUGUUUUCUCUAACCUUAUUCAGGACCAUAUUUGAUUGAAUCAUGAGGGAAUCUGAAGAGGCCACAGGCUGAGGUGCUCAUUCCUUCCAGAACAAUGAGAAAGUCUGCUGUUUGUUUUGUACCUUGUAGGAUAUCUGAACCCCAAAGUUCUAACGCUCACCCAGUGAUGCAGCUAUUCCUCUGAAACUGCGGAGUAAACUCCUGAUAGUGGCUGGAUUUACUUCAUGGAGUUCCUAACGUCUGUGACAGUUUUUACUGUAACUUUUAUUUAUCAUCUUCUAGAUGCCGUCAUUUGCACUUGAACUAUGAAUAUCUGAAAUGCCUGAUCUGCACAUCAAGACAUGUUAGCAUGUUUAAUUUUUAGACGUACUAGAAAUAUUGAGAAAAGCAGUCUAAUGUAUUUAUGUUAAAUAUCCCAAAGUAAUUUUCAACAUGAGUAGUUUGGCAGAUGACUGUGUGUUACACAACUCUCAUGUAGCAGUGUAGAUUUUUAUAGUUUUUGCCUAGAACAUGAUUAAAAGAAUGAAAACAAAAGUUCUGUAGAUACGCUUUCAUUUUCAGAAUUUCCAGCUGCUGCUGAAGAUGUUUUGAGAUGAUAAACAAGAUGAAACUAAGCUGAAUUUAGAACAAAGGAAUUAAACAGUUUUCUGAAUGAAAUAGGCACUAUUAAAAGGGUGAGGGUCUCUUUUUUUUUUUUUUUCUGGAUUUCUUUCUUCUUUUUUAAUUUUUAUUUAUUUUAUGCUAGAGGCAUUGCCAGAACUGCUAAAUUGGAAUGGAGUAAUUAAGUAAAGAUCUCAGCUAAAUAUUAGUUGUUAUAAUUAACUAUAAAUAAGCUUCAAAAUCAGUAUUUCAGAAGGCUAAUGUGACUGGGUAAUGAAUUUUAAAAAGGGAAUGAAAAAAGCAAACAUUGAAAAAUUCAGGUUUCAGGUUUUUAAUAAGUUUUGAAGUGUUUCUCAUUAUUAAGACAAUGCAAAAUAACUUCCAAAAAAAAGCCCUUGGAAGCUUCAUUAGUUGUUCAUAAUAACUUUUUUAUAUUGGGAUGUUUGCACUUAAGAAAUGCAAGCAAAUUCUGCAGUUGCUUUCCAUCAUUAGUAUCCCAGGUGACCUUGUUUCUGUUUUGCAACUUUCUUGGUGAAAUAGUUAUGAUCGCAGUUUGCCUGUCGUCCUGAACUGGUUAAUAGUUUUAGUGAUGUGGAUAAGAGCAUUAUGGCAUGAUGAAUAAGAGACCCAGGAGAGUUCCUUGCACAGUUUCCUUUGGGUACUGCCCAAAGACUUAUUCUUUGGGUCUGCCUCAUGUGAUUAGGCUGGCUAACUUUACCCAGCUACAUUGGGUGCGGUGGAUAUUAGUUUUGUUCACAAUUUCUUGUUUAGUUUUUUUUACUGUAGUCCAGUACUUUGCAUAAAGCACACGUUUGAAAUCAUUGUCUGAGUUUAGGUUACUUCUCAGGCUAGAUACAGUAGAACAUAGGGUUAUGCAAGUUACUUUCUGACAUAGAUAACUGCAUUUGAGGAAUUACUGUCUUAAAUUGGGUUACUAGUUUCAAAAGAAACGUUAAUUUCAGCCCUGUUGACAUAGGAAAGAAUUCUUGGCAAAUGGUCCUAGUCAUACUGGUAAACACUUUGGUUCAAAAAACACCUUUUUCCUCUGGGAAAUAUAUUUUCCUGUAGAUGUACCUUGAAAAUUUUGAGGAAAGAAGAUCUUAAUAAAAAAAAAAAAACAUAUUUUCCUAAAAACAUACCUUCAGGUUGUAAUUUAUUAAAUUAAAAAAGAAAAAAGCAAUUAAGCAUGCUAAAUGUCGCAGUGCAUAGUGCCUGCCUGGUUAUGAAACGAACCUGUGUCUAUCGGUCUGUCAGCAUUUUUCUUGUUCUGUGCAUUGAAAUGUGGUAUCUGUCAAAUUUUUAACGCAACACUUUUCUUAGGAAAGGCGUUUUUUAUGCAAGAAAAUAGUUGUAUUUGGUGCAACAGCCCUCUGAGCUGCUCACAGCAUGCUGCUUCAUCUUUUGUGAUGUAAUACUGAGGAUGUGGAAGUCACGUGCAUUUCUUUCCAUUCUCUUUUGGGUCAUCAGGGUGCCGCUUUUGAGUAGGAACUGUAUGAUACGUUAACAACAAGUGACAGCUUUCCUGUCAGUAAGGACAGGAGAACAGGCAGCGAGUAUUGCUGAAGUCUGAGAGAUUACAAUGGUUGACACAGAAAUGCCGUUUUGGCCCGUUAAUUUUGGAAUUAGCCCAGUGGAUCUGUCUGCGAUGGAUGAUCAUAUGCAUUCCUUUGACAUAAAGCCAUUUACCACUGUUGAUUUUUCAAGCAUUUCUUCACCACACUAUGAAGAUAUACCUCUUGGAAGAGCUGAUCAAACAAGCAUUGAUUAUAAAUAUGAUAUCAAGCUCCAGGAUUGCCAAAGUGCAAUCAAAAUGGAGCCUCCUUCUCCUCCCUAUUUUUCUGAAAAAGUGCAGUUAUACAAUAAACCUCAUGAGGAGUCUUCCAACUCACUUAUGGCUAUUGAAUGUCGUGUGUGUGGGGACAAGGCCUCUGGAUUUCAUUAUGGAGUGCAUGCAUGUGAAGGUUGUAAGGGCUUUUUUCGAAGAACAAUCAGAUUAAAGCUUAUUUAUGAUAGGUGUGACCUUAAUUGUCGCAUCCAUAAGAAAAGCAGAAAUAAGUGUCAAUACUGCAGAUUUCAGAAAUGUCUUGCAGUUGGAAUGUCACAUAAUGCCAUCAGGUUUGGGCGAAUGCCACAAGCGGAGAAGGAGAAGCUCUUGGCAGAGAUUUCCAGCGACAUCGACCAGUUAAAUCCUGAAUCUGCUGAUCUGCGAGCGCUUGCCAAGCAUUUGUAUGACUCAUACAUAAAGUCCUUCCCUCUGACCAAAGCCAAGGCAAGGGCGAUCUUGACAGGAAAGACGACAGACAAAUCACCAUUUGUUAUUUAUGACAUGAACUCUUUAAGGAUGGGAGAAGAUCAGAUCAAGUGUAAGCAUGCAUCACCACUGCAGGAACAGAACAAAGAAGUAGCAAUUCGCAUUUUCCAGCGAUGUCAGUUUCGCUCUGUGGAGGCAGUGCAGGAGAUUACAGAAUUUGCGAAGAACAUUCCAGGUUUUGUGAAUCUUGACCUGAAUGAUCAGGUAACUCUCCUGAAAUAUGGUGUCCAUGAGAUCAUAUAUACUCUCCUGGCUUCUCUCAUGAAUAAAGAUGGAGUUCUUAUAUCUGAUGGACAAGGAUUCAUGACACGGGAGUUUCUGAAGAGUCUGAGAAAACCUUUUUGUGACUUUAUGGAGCCCAAGUUUGAGUUUGCUGUGAAGUUCAAUGCACUGGAAUUAGAUGACAGUGACCUGGCAAUAUUUAUAGCUGUCAUUAUACUAAGUGGAGAUCGCCCAGGUUUGUUAAAUGUGAAGCCCAUUGAAGAUAUACAAGAUAAUCUGUUGCAAGCUUUGGAGCUCCAGCUAAAGCUGAAUCAUCCAGAGUCAUCACAGCUGUUUGCAAAAUUGCUUCAGAAAAUGACGGACCUCAGACAAAUUGUAACGGAACACGUGCAGCUGUUGCAAAUAAUAAAGAAAACGGAAACAGAUAUGAGUCUUCAUCCACUCCUACAAGAAAUCUAUAAAGACUUAUAUUAAUGGCGAUAGUAGUUCUUAUCCUCUGACAUAAUGUAUGUUCUUCAGAUUGCACUAUUUCUUUGAGAGAAAACUUUGCAUACUUAAGAAAUUACUGUGAAACAGCAUUUAAAGAAGAGAGAGCUUAGUAUAGUAGAUCUAUUUUAUGCAUAUUGUUUAUAAAGACACAUUUACAAUUUACUUUUAAUAUUAAAAAUAUCUAUAUCAUGAAAUUGUUGGCAGUAUUUUCAGAAUUAAUUUUUUUAACUAUCUUAUUUCCUAAAAUUGCUUGUCCAGUAUGAUUGAUGCUUGCUUCACUGAGGUUGGUUAAGCAUGCAGUUAAAUUUUCAACUUAAAAAUAAAAAUCUUUCUCCUUAAACAUUUCUAGGGAAACAUUUUAAGUAUUAUGUUUGAUUCUGUGCUCCCAAGGCAGCGGCAAAAUAACAAUGAAGUUGAAUCAUGGAUUAGCACAACUUCACACAAGGACUCAAAAGGUAAAAGUUAGACAUGUCAGGUCUAGUAGUUGUUCCUACCAUAAUAAAUUUUCAAACUGAUAGAGUUCUGUAAUGAGGACUUUGUAUACGUAUGAAUUAGGCCCAUCAUUUAUGGGCACUCAAAAACUUGACUCCAUUUCAAGCAUUAAUUGAGGAAUAUACACUGCUCAUCACUUUCUUAGAGAUUCUUAGGAAGCAGCCUUUUCACUUGCUCUGCUCAUACAGUUCCAAGACUGGAGAAGCAGUCUGCAUGGAGAUGCAGUGCAGCUGCCUCUCUGCCAUUAUCUGCAAUGCACAUGCCACACCAGCUAGUGCUAAUGCAGCCUUCAGCUACUCUGGGAAGUCUGUUGCUGGAAUGGGUUCACAUCAUACCAAAGUUAUUUGAUGAACUCUCAUUGAAAAAUAUACUCAGUCAAAAUGCUGUGGAAAAUUGGAAUAGGAUGACACCUCUUAAAUAAAAGCAAGAUUUGAAUUCAUUCUUGAAAACAUAAACCUGUAAUGGAAACCCUAGUAUAUUAAUUUGACUUGAGAUGUCAUUAUUUAUCACUGGGAAUGAGAAUGCUUUUGAGAGGUUCGAUGCUUUAAGGCUGCUAAUUUUAUUUUAUACAUUGCUCUAUAGUGUCAAACAAGAUUUCCACAGGGAGCAAAGUAUAGGAGAAUGCGUAAAUUUUUUAGAAGUAAAUUUAGUUACACUAUCUUCUUUUGGUAUUCUCAGUCCAAUUGUGAGAUUCCCUUAGAUUCACAUGUAUUGUGGCCACAUUUACUGUUUGUGAAUGUGUUUCAGAAACUAAAGCAAGUAUGAUCCACAGUGAUGUGCUCAAGAAUGGAAUUUUGGAAAGAAAAAAGAAAGCCACUAAUUGUAACACAUACUAUUGAAGCAAGGAGUGGUCCUUAAUUGAAUACGUGGCAAGAAGUGUGCCUUAAACUUAGACACAUUUACUGAUGAUAUGUAAGCAGACCAAAAGGGAGUAGAAUUGGGAAUAGGUGAUCAGGCUCAAUUUUCAGUGAGUCUAAAUCCGCCUUCCUACCAAUGUGGCCCUUGGAAAUCUUAGUUGGUACAAAAAGAGGCUGUCAGAAUUAAAUAUUAAAAUAAAUCCUUAAGCUUAUGCCUUACAUACCUGAAAAUAUUUCCUACUACUUAUUUCAGACAAACUCUGGGCCUAUGGUCAGUAGUGAGCAUUAUGCCUACCAGGAAGUGAUUGGAGAAUUGGAUCAUUCAGCCUCAAGGUUUAAAAUCCACAGAUGAGAUUUCAGUGAGAUGAAGUCAGUGUGAGGCUAAACAGCUUUGAUCUUCACUAAGUUUCAGGUAACUUAGGAAAAUUGCCCUACAACAAAUGGCGUGUUGUUUGUUAAUGCUCAAAUUGCAUGUUUUCCUGCACUUUAGAUUUAGGUACGUUGUGUGAACUGAGCAUUAGAUUCUGACAGGGAUUACAUGCACGGUAUUUUGUGGCUGUUACCAUUCAAAAGAAGUUUUUCUCACGAAUUUGUUUUCCACUGGGCACUGGCCAUUUGAAGUUUUGCCAUCUAUCACUUAGUGGAGAACCUCUGUUUAAUCGCAGAGUUCAUCCCCUCCUGUAGGAGGACAUAUCAAAGACUAACUGGUACCAAGAUAGACCACAGUUCCAACACCAAAUUCCUAUAAUAGUAACACACUGUCAAAAAUAUUAAUCUGAGACUGCAUUUCCCAUACAAUCCAAUUUCACAUUGGUAUCACUAGAAAUAAGAUACCAGAAUUAGUUUUAAAUAAAGAGGAAUGCUGAGGCAUAUUCUUACAUAAGUUAUUAUUAAACGUUAUUUGAAAAGGACAGUGGAAAAGGUGCUUUGAAAAUGAAAUUAAAUUAGUGACUUUGUUACAGUAAGAAUUUCUGUGUAACUAAGAAGCACAUUAACUCAGAGACCAUCGUUCUACUUCAUUCCAAGUGGUAGUACUUCUAGAAGUAUCAGUUUAGCAGUUGCACUGCUUGAGGAUUUCAGCCUAACGCAGACAUAUGCAAUUCAUAUAUUUUGAGAGUGGUAAUGUAAUGGCAGUCAUAAUGCUCUAAGGAUAGAAGAGAAGACAGAUUUGCAGGAACAGGUGUUGUCCUUUAUAAUUAUGGGGGGACUGAAUGCCCAAAUAGCCUAUACUUUUAAUUCAACUGUAUAAGCUGCUUUAAUAAAAUAUAUCGUUCUCCCUA